AUAGUCUGGGGUUCCCCUACUUGAUGUGGCGUGCAUCACACUUUACACUACCUGUUUUUUUGUGACCUGUGACUUUGGGAUCUCGUGACUUUUGGGUUUCUUGUUUGUGGAUUACCGGCUACUAGCUUCAAAAUUCAAGUGAUUACCGAUUUAUAGAACUUAAUCAGGAACCUAUAACCGCAAUGUCGGAUUCUUCGAGCGAUUCUGAGGCUGAGCCGUCCACUAGUGGAGAGCCUCCUCAAACACUUUCAAAAAAAAGAAAAAUAAGAAAACAACUAAAAUAUAAACAAUCAUUUAGAGGGGAAUGGGCGGAAAAAUUUCCAUGGGUAAGCAGGGGAUCUUCCGAUAUUAAAACAAAAUGUAGUAUUUGCAAUGAAGAAAUAAGAGCCGAUAUAACUCAUAUAACUGUCAUUAAAAAUCAUGCAAAAAGCAAGAAACACUUGCAGAAAUCAAAAACUAUUAAACAUCAGCCAAGGAUUGACCAAUUUAGCGACGUUACCUCGAAAGCUAUUUUGUUGGAAAAGCAAGUUACAGCAGCAGAAAUUAAAAUUACUGGAUUUUUGGCAGAACAUAACAUAUCAUUCCUAAGCACCAACCACUUGACAGAUUUAUUGAAAAAUAUUUUCCCAGACUCAAAAAUAGCCCAGAAAAUUGAUUUAAAACGAAUCAAAGCAUCUUGUAUGACUUCGAAUGUUAUUGGACAAGUACAUAAAGAAGAGGUUGGCAGACAUAUUGAGGAUCACAAAGUUUAGUUUACUGAUGGAUGAAGCAGCGGAUAUUUCCAGUAAAAAAACAAUAUGUGUUUGGUUCGUUUUUUUAGCCAAAGCGAAGAAAAAAUUGUUUCAAAACUCUGGAGUCUUCGUCAACUUUCAUGUGACCAACAUCAGCAAGCUACAGAUCCAUCUAGUGAAACUAGCUCAUAUAGAGCAACAGGGGAACAUUUAUAUGAAAGUGUAAAGCAAUCUUUCUUGGAAUUUGAUGUACCUUUGUCUAAUGUAAUAGGGUUUGGUUCAGACGGAUGUAAAACUAUGAUGGGAAAACACACUUGUGUGGCAGCGUGAAGACAUUCCUGGUGCAACUAUACAAAAAUGUGUUUGUCAUUCUUUGCAUUUAGUCGCUAGCACGGCAUGUAAGGAACUUCCUUGUAGAUGUGAAGACUUGGCACAAGAUAUUUAUAAUUUUUUUAAGUGUAGUGACAAAAGGCGAAGUGAGUUGAGAGAAUUUCAAAUAUUUUGCGAGCUGGAUCCACAUGUUCUUUUAAGACGAGCUCAAACAAUGUGGCUCUCCUUGUUGGAAGUAGGAACAAUGGCGUGCCCUUACUCUAUUUUUCACAUCUAAGAAAUUCGAUGCUCAAUUGCUAGCAGCAGAAACAAUUUUUAACAGUUUGCAAGAUCCACAAGUCAAGAUGUAUUAUGCAUUUUUAGAAUGGGUCUUGAGCCAAAUCGUUUCAGUAAAUGCAUAUUUUCAAUCAGAAAAAGUAGUUAUUGCAGACAGUCAUUUAAAAAUUUAACUAAAACCAAGACCAGAAAUAAAUUAAUUACUAACACAGUGAAUGGACUAUUGCUCAGUUCUCAAUGUGUCAAAGAGUCCCAGAGUUGUGUUAAGUUUUAUCAAAUGAAAAAAUGAUUUCGUAUGCUCGAAACUCUAGAAUGUUAUAUAAAAAUUACAAAAAUGAGGAUAACUCAAAAACUGUAGGUGACGAAACAGAAGCUUGUGAAGAAGACAAAUUAAAUCCGAUUAUUAUUUAAUAUGUACCAUGUACCUAUUUUUAAUUAAGAGAUUUUUUGAUUAUUUUGUCUCGAAUCCUGAUAAUUUUAAAUUUGACAUCUGGCAACACUGAGACAAUUAGACAUUUAAAUUUCAAUGUUUUUGUUGACAAAAAAUUUUUUUUUUUUUGUUUUGAUAAAAACACAUUCUUCUGAAUAGUUCCUCGUUGUUUGUUAGGUGGAAGACAAUUGCUAAUUUUUCUUGGUGUAUCUGCACAGGUGAACCAGCAGAACGAUUCGAAAAAAAAAAAUGACACAACAUAGAAGGGUUGUUUAGAUUUAACGUCAGAGCUUCAAAAAUCAGAUAUGAAAUCAUUCAGAUUAACUGUCCACCAGAAAACAUUCAGCGAAGAAGAUAUAGUUAUAAGCCAAAAGGACUACCCAGAAGCCAGUAUAAAUGACAUCAUCGAAAUCCAUCAUUCUCUCUCAGGAGAAAAUGAACAAGAACAAAAUCCUCGUCUUCUUUUACAAAUCACUUCGUUUUCUGAUGACUUAGUCCCAGUCCAGGCACGCACAAUUAGCGUUGAACAGAGCGUAGCUUCCACAUUUGGAUUAAAACCUUAUAAAAAUGUAGCUGCUCGAUUAGUCAAUCCUAGUGAAGUUGGUUUGGAUUCGGUUGAGCUAACUUUUAAGGAUCAAUACAUGGGACGGUCAGAAAUGUGGAGAUUAAAAAACUAUUUGGUCAAUACUUGUAUUUAUAUACACAAAAAAUUAGAAUUUUGUGGCGGCUCUGUUCGAUCUCAAGUCUACGAAAUGUGGUCCCAAGGAGAAAAAGUCGCUUGCGGAGUAAUCACAGAUGAAACCAAAAUAGUCUUUCGUUCCUCUACUGCUAUGGUCUAUAUUUUCCUGCAAAUGAGCUCAGAAAUGUGGGACUGCGAUAUUUAUGGUGAUUUAUAUUUUGAAAAAGCCGUUAAUGGAUUUUUAUCUGAUUUAUUUGCCAAAUGGAAAAAACAUGGAAGCAAUCAUGAGGUUACAAUAGUUUUGUUUUCAAGAACUUUCUAUGAAGCAACUAGUUUGGAUGAGUUUCCACACCAUAUGAAAGAAUGUUUACAGAAGGAUUACAAAGGGAGGUACUAUGAGGAUUUUUACAGAGUUCCCAUUCAGAAUGAAAAGUAUGACGACUGGAGUACUAUUUUGUUUCAACUACGUAAAAUUUUUCAUGACUAUUUGGAUGUCGUCUUAAAGUACCAUGCUAGAUCAAAUUUAACGAUCCCCGUGGCUAGAAAUAGUACUGCUGCACAAGGGAAUUUCUUAGAAGUUUUAAAUAUGUCUUUGAAUGUAUUUGAGAAGCACUACCUUGACCGAAGUUUCGAUAGGACAGGACAACUUAGCGUGGUGGUAACCCCUGGAGUGGGGGUGUUCGAAGUAGAUAGAGAACUUACAAAUAUUACGAAACAGCGGAUUAUUGAUGGUGGAGUGGGAAGUGACUUAGUAUGUGUGGGCGAGCAACCUCUACAUGCAGUGCCAUUAUUGAAGUUUCACAACAAGGACACUCACCUAAACGUCCCGGACGAUUUUUCAAUGCCUCACUGGAUAAAUUUAUCGUUCUAUUCAACGAAUAAAAGAAUACCAUAUUCCACGUUUUUGCCUAGGAUUAAGCUACCUGCUCCCUUGACUGAGGAAGAAAUCAAUGCAGCUGAAGAAAAGGAAUGCGCCAAAAAAGAUCUACGCAGUGAAGACGAUUGUGUGCAAAAUUACGCGUUCUUUGAUUAUGACGCUUAUGAUGCGGCCGUAUUUCAAUUGCCAACAGCGCACCAUUUUCAGGAAUCCUCGUCUAUGCAUUUAAAGCCACCUCCGCGAUAUAAACGAAGUUCCGGAAGUCUUUUAGACACCUAUGAAAUCAGUAAAAGCAUAGGAAGAAAAUUGUCUGAUCCGGAUAUUUUUUUUCAUCAAAAAUCUGAUGGUUUUCGUUCGGAACCUAUAGCUAUCCCUUCUACAACUUCUACUAAUACAUUGGUUUCACCCCUCACAGAAGAAAAAGAAUUCUCACCUCCUGUCCGAAUGGUAGUAGGCUCUGAAGGUUCACCCCCACACGAAUCCAAAGCUUUAAUUAAUCCGUUUGAUCCGUCCCAUGUAACAAUCAAAUUAACUUCAAACCGAAGACGUUGGACGCAUAUUUUCCCAAAAGGUCCUAAAGGUGUUUUGAUUCAACAACAUCACUAUCAAGCAAUUCCAGCCCAAUCUGAAAAAUCAAAUGAGCAAAAUCUAAUAAAAGAACAAAAUGAUUCAGAACAGAAUAAACCUAUUGUAGUGACUGCUGCUUUACAAGAAUAUUUUAAGAAGCGUCCAAGUCAAAAUCCCAGUCUAAGAACUUCCAAGCAGUCUGCGAAAAGCUUAACGCUUCUGUGGGGUGCUACAGGAGAACAAGAAUGGACUCCUGCAUUGACUACAGUCAAUGACGUGCUCAUAGGUGUCGAUUGGAAAUCACUUACUAUCCCAGCCUGCCUACCAAUAACCACAGAUUACUUCCCAGAUAAAAGGACCUUGCAUACAGACUAUGUAGUUUCCUUAUAUAGUUUGGUUCCUGACAGUGUUUAUGCUGAUUUUGCCCAGCCUAGAGGCCCCUUCAAAAAACCCUUAACUACAGAUGAAGUUUUUAAAGAACUGGUUUCCCAAAGAUUAGCCCAAGGGUUUCAGUUGGUUUUAAUGUCACCCAAUAGGAUUGAAGCUUCUAAUCUUCUACCUGUCCAACAGUCAAGGUCAAAUAUUUUGAGAAAAAGUCCUUCAGAAAAUGAUGAGACCUAUUUCUUGUCUAUUGGAAGAUUGUUUCAUAAAAUUUCUUUGUCUGGAAAUACCAUAUCGGUGACCAGAUACAGACCAAGGCAUCCCUACCCAGGAUUUAAGUUGCAAUAUAGAUACAGGUUUCAUGCUCCGUAUCACGAUAACUAUGAAGAAUCCUAUGCUACGUUUACAACAGAAAAAUUAGAACACUACAAUUGGAACUAUCUUGAUCAUUAUGUCUGCACUGGAGGGGAUACUACUGAUUUUGCAUUGCUGGAUGGUCUGAAAUAUUGGAGAUUCCGUGUUUAUCUCCUACCUCUAAAUGGUACUGAAGCAAAAAGGAUCGUAGAAGGUUCAUCUAGGUGUGAUAUUUAUCCACCUCCAACUAGUGGGGAUCACAAUCAAAUGGUCGAAGGGUUUUUAAAGUUCAUUGAGGCAGCAGUGAAUAAACUUAAAAAAACACUUGCAAUGUCGAAGAAGCCACGGAUGUCACUGAACGUUCAAUCUUUACCACCGCUAUCCCAACCCAGACGUAACAGUAUAAGCAGUUUUUCGCAGAAUUCUACAACAGCACGCUCCAAUGAGCGAUUUGUUGCUUCAUCCUUUAGGUCAGGCUCCAAAGUUCUUGAACGUUCGAGAGCUUCCCAAGGAUCCCAAGACCCUUUUAAUGAGGACAUUAUGACGGAUGAGGGAUUAUCUGCCCUUUUGUUACCACUAAAAAGCUCAUGUGUCAAUACAGAGAUUAUUGAAGCCCUAAAACAUCCAUCACAAGGAUUAUCUUUCUUCAAUAUGCCUCACAAUCUUCCUAGUCACACUUUCGUAGCUGCAGAAGCUGUGAGUUGGCUUAUUAAUAAUAUGGAUGGCGUAACAACUAUUCAACGAGCGAUGCAGAUAAUGCAAAGCUUACACAAGGAGAGACUCAUCAGACACGCCUCGGGUGAUCCAAAAAGACCCUUUUUAUAUGGAUUUUUUUUGUUCUAUAUUUUACCUCUCAAACCCGAGAAAGACACUUUCAAGCCAUGCGGAGAAUUAGAAAGGUUUCAAAACGACUUUAUCGAAGUUGAAAUAAAACCAGCCUUAAAUUGGGGACUUUCAACUUUCACUCAGGCAGCAUCAGGAAGUACUUCAAACAUACCUAUAGCAGGAGCUGAACAAGAAACUGGUGUGCCUCAUUUUCUAUGUGACGAUAUUGAUCCGGAAUACGGAGAAGUUGAUUUUGAUGGCUUGAUGUACAAAAAGGCUCGUUUAGAAACUGAUGCAAUAGGAAAAAGCGAUAGAGUUGAAUGGGGUCAUGCUCGUUAUCAAGCCAUAUUUAGACCUGACCAAGCUUAUGAAAUUGUUGCUGAAUGGCUGACAUCUUCUGGAUCUAUUGUUGGAGAAUUGCUAUUUAGUUGGCACAGAAAAGGCCAGACGUGUGGUCUACAAAUGAUACCCAUCCCACACGAUCCCUUAGCAUUACCAUAUUCAGAUAAAUCGGACCCUUUGAGAGGACCCAUAUUUAUUCCUUUAAAUAUUACUUCUCUAGAGCCGAUGAAUCAUCCUUUUAAAGCAUUUCCUGAAGAAUCCUGGCAGGAGCGCAUGUUCCUAUUCCAAGAAGCUAUAGUUCAAAGAUUCGGUUUUAUCAAAUGCUUAACUGAACCAUCGAUCACUAAUGAAAAUCGAUCCAGAGAGCAUCAAUACAUUCACGCCACUGGAACGAUAUUCAUUUUAAUUUCCCUCAACACUCCGAGGUCUGACAGGAGCAGGACGAACAGUAUGAAGGAAAAUCGACAGCUAUUAACUAAAUCCAAAUAUAAUUUACAUGCAGAUUCUGUUCCUAGUCCUCAUGAAGCCUAUAUCACCAGGCAUGUUUCUGGUCAGAAUAAGGAUGAUUAUGAUAAUUCAAAAAAGAUGGGAUUUUUAUGGUGUUGGAAUCAUAUGAUCAGUAAAAAAUGGCGCACCAACCAAGGCGUAGAUAGUAAUUUUCAAAUUAAGUGUUUAAAAGAUUUUAAAGCUUUCUGUAAUAAUUCUGAAAGUAGACUGUUAACUUAUUGGAGAGAGAGUUGGGAUGCAAAGGCAAUGUCCCCUUUAAAUAAGUAAUUUUUAAUUUGUGUUUGUUUUUUUAAAAUGUUUUACUGACACUUGCCUUUGAUUAAAGUGUGUUUUUAAAUGAAUUUGUAGUUUUUCAGUUAUUGUUAGUUGAAGGUUCACAAUUUUAUCAUAUUUGAUCGAGAAGAAAUUUGCAUAAAAGAUAACCUCCACUGGAUAAUGGGAAAAAUAUACUGUGUGAGAAAAAAAUAACCACCCCAUAGAAGUAAAUAAUUGUUAACCAAAUACAAGUAGGUAUAUAUGCUUAGAAAAAGUAAAAUUUAAUUUAAUAAAAAAUACAAAGAUAAAUUAAAAUUUAAUCAAUAUUUGUUAUUUUUUACACCAUUAACAUAUGUAGAAAAUUUGUA